UGUUAUCACUUUGAAAACGAAUACUGUGUCAGACGGAUGGUGUUUAAAUUUGUUCAGCGACGUGAAAUAAAAAAAAAAAACUAUUCAACCUUUAUUUUUUUAUGUGAACGUAUUUUCAUUAAUUCUGAACCGAUGUUAAUGAUUAUUUUUGCAAUUUCGUGAUUUUUGUGACAAUCAGAAAUUGUUUUUUUUUGUGGAGUUAUUACAAUAUUAAAUUGUAUUUUAUUUAAAGGUUAAACCGCCAAUAUGUUGACAGGAUGGAGACUCGCACUGUCCAAAUUAUUCUUAAUACCCCAGCGGUAUGUGAUGGCUAUAAUGGCAUUGUUUGCUGUAGCCAAUGCUUACACGAUGAGAGUUUGCCUCAAUCUGGCCAUCACACAGAUGGUGAAGAAGACAGCCGCUGUAGAAGGCGAGGAACAUUACGAUCCAUAUGCGUGUCCAGAUAAAACUAUUACGAGAAAUUUUACUAAAAGCUACUCUUACUACAGGGCAGAUGAUACUGUAUAUUUCGAAUGGAGUGAGGCAACACAGGGACUGAUUCUUGGAUCUUUUUACUAUGGCUAUGUUUUGACUCAUUUACCUGGAGGUAUGCUGGCAGAACGUUUCGGAGGGAAGUGGGUAUUAGGUCUUGGUCUCCUAUCGACUGCAGUUUGCACCAUAAUCACGCCUGUUACAGUCAAAGUAGGAGGUGCUACUGCUUUAUUUAUAUUGAGAGUUAUAGAAGGAUUAGGAGAGGGUCCAACUAUGCCAGGUCUAAUGGCUGUAUUGUCACGAUGGGCUCCAAAAGCGGAGCGUGCUCGUUUCGGUGCUAUUGUAUUUGGAGGAGCUCAGAUAGGAAAUAUAGCAGGUUCCUACUUCUCUGGACUGGUCAUGCAUAAUGGAAGUUGGGAAAAUGUAUUUUACUUAUUUGGGGGGAUUGGACUGCUAUGGUUUGUUCUUUGGACCGUGUUGUGUUAUAGUACACCAAAUACCCACCCUUUUAUAUCAGACAGCGAAAAGAAAUUCUUAAACGAAAACGUAGAUUCACUGAAGCAUAUUAAUGCGCAAAAAAUGGACCCUAUUCCAUGGAAGGCGUUGCUUCGAUCUGUGCCAUUAUGGGCUCUAAUUAUAGCUGGCAUCGGUCACGACUGGGGCUACUUCACAAUGGUUACAGAUUUACCAAAAUACAUGACAGAUGUGUUGAAAUUCAACAUAAAAUCUACAGGAAUACUCUCAGCUAUUCCUUACGUAGCUAUGUGGGUAUCUUCGUUUUUCUUUGGACUCAUAUGUGACUUCUGCGUUAAAAGAGGAUAUCACAAUAUUAAAAAUGCAAGAAAAAUCUAUACAAGUAUUGCUGCCACCGGCCCUGGUAUAUGUAUUAUCUUGGCUUCCUACUCCGGAUGUGACACUACUCUUGCCGUAUUCUGGUUCGUGGUUGCCAUGUCUCUUAUGGGCGCUUACUACAGUGGUAUGAAGAUUAAUCCCCUAGACAUCAGUCCCAACUAUGUAGGUUCCACUACAGCUAUGGUCAAUGGUAUCGCUGCUAUUUCAGGCAUUGUAUCACCGUAUCUCAUCGGCUUACUGACACCAGAUUCCACUCUUGCCCAAUGGCGUGUUGCGUUUUGGGUUUGUCUCGGAGUACUAGUGAUCACAAAUAUUGUGUACGUCAUCUUUGCUCAAGGGGAACAGCAAUGGUGGGACGACGUUAAAAAACAUGGAUACCCAAAGAAUUGGAAGCACGGCCCGUUGGCAUUGAGGUCUGUUGAUAAAGAACAAGCAAAUGAAGAAGUUAAAGAGAAAAAUUGAUUUAUAAUGCUACGUUAGACUUUAAUUUAGGUACUUAUUUGUGAGAUUAAUUUAUGAAAUGAGACUGCAUUAAAUCUAAGUGGUGCCUAUGAAUGCAACGUCUUAUUAAUAAAAACUAAAACAUCAUACAAACUCAUUUUAACAAUUAAUUUAUCUGAAUCUAUAAAAUUUAUCUGAAAAGAAAGAGAUAAAAUAUUUUUGUAGCUGAAAUUAAUUGGUUAGACGUUAGGCGUUUUUAUGAAUAAGAGGGUUGUUGUUCAAAUGUUUCAACUUGUACAUAUCUAAAAGUUAAUGAUUUAAUGACUUGUAUGUUUGUGUGAAUGUUUUGUAUCUAUUAAUUAUGUAAUGAGUUAAGAGUUGACUGGCUGGUCCAAAAUAGUUGAGUGAAAAUACCUCUAUUCUUGUAUAUAAUAAACUAUAAGUAAGAAGGAAUUUUUGUAAAUUCAAAUAUUUCUUUUGUUAAGCUAUAUGUAUAUAUAUAUAUAUUUAAAUAGAGUUAUUUAUAUUUUACCAAAUGUACCAAUUAUUUAUUAAAAAAUAUUUUUAAAAUCUUCAGUUUUUC